CGCCCAGUCGGUCCUAUUCUUAUUUGAAUCGCAUUAAACAUAUGUUUAGGAAAGAAUUAGUCAAGUAAAUGUCAAUGUCAGUUAAAAUUUGUUGUUGUCCUGUUUGUGAAUGUUACGAAGUGUUAUUUUAAUUGUAAAUAAACUUGUUUUUGUAUAAAUGAACGAGAAGAAAUCUCCGAGCAGUUAGCUAAUCAAACGGGCCAAAUAAAUAGUAUGGAAGUAACCGUUUUAAAAAUUGUCAAACGACUUAAAAAAUAUUAAAAUAAAGACAAAGAUGUGUCCGUCUUCGAUUACAACAUGUUUUCUUCAAUGGAGACUGUGGAUUAGACCAUUCUUAAUUGCCCUUUACGUUAUAUUAAUUAUCAUUCUUGUACCCUUACUGAUUGUUCAUUCUAUAAACAAUAAAUCGAAUGAAAGUGUUCAGGCUGAACUAAUCGGAGGGGGAUUUGUAUUAUUAGCAUUGCCCAUAUCAAUUUGGCAAAUAACUCAACAUAUAGUACAUUAUACAAAACCAUAUUUACAAAAACAUAUAAUUAGAGUACUAUGGAUGGUACCAAUAUAUGCAUUAAAUGCAUGGAUAGGUCUUAUGUUUCCUGAACAAUCUAUAUAUGUUGAUUCCUUAAGAGAAUGUUAUGAAGCCUAUGUUAUUUAUAACUUCAUGAAAUAUUUGCUUAAUUAUUUGAAUGAGGACCAUGACUUGGAAGCUGUUCUUGAAUCUAAGCCACAAGUUUAUCAUAUAUUUCCAUUGUGCUGUUUGACACCUUGGGAAAUGGGGAGAGAAUUUGUACACAAUUGCAGACAUGGAAUUUUGCAAUAUACUGUAGUAAGGCCUAUUACCACAGUUAUUUCAAUGAUCUGUGAAUUAUGCGGAGUUUAUGGUGAAAGUGACUUUAGCCCUAAAGUUGCCUUUCCUUAUAUGAUAGCUAUUAAUAAUUUCUCCCAAUUUGUGGCUAUGUAUUGCUUAGUUCUAUUUUACAAAGCCAAUAGGGCUGAGUUGAAACCAAUGAAACCUAUUGGAAAGUUUCUUUGUAUCAAAGCUGUGGUCUUCUUUUCAUUCUUCCAAGGUGUAAUAAUCAACAUUUUAGUAUAUUGCGGAGUAAUCUCUACUAUAUUUGGGAUUUCUGAUGCUGGUGAAGAAAAAGUUAUUUCUUCUAAGUUGCAAGAUUUCUUGAUUUGCAUAGAAAUGUUUGUGGCAGCUAUCGCACACCAUUACAGUUUCUCGUACCGACCAUAUGUAUCACCAGAAACAGAAAGCUCUUCAUCAUCAUGCCUUGGCUCUUUCCUCGCAAUGUGGGAUGUGUCAGAUGUCAAGAGGGAUAUAUCGGAGCAUCUUGGUGUUGUUGGGAGCUCUUUUAGCAGGAGACUCAGAGGAAAAAGUAUGUAUCACAUGCCAAGAGGAUACGAUGAAAGUUCUCGGUUGGUAGCCGAGCCUGUAGCUUCCAGCUCUGCGCCGAGCCUCAGCGAAGAGGCCGAACUCCCGCCCGUGGAAACUAAACCCGCAACCUACGGUUCCAUUGAAACGACUAUUUCCAAUUCCGACACCGAACCCUUAAUGGGUGAUAUUCACGAUAGAAUCGAUAAUGACCCUAAAGUUUAAAGACAAUAUGAAGACUCUCUAUGAUAUAAUAUAUUAUUUAUUUCGAACUCAUCACAAAAAAUGCAUUAUUUUAUUACAAUUAAAUGAUACAACAUUCCCUUAUAAGUACCUUUAUAUAAAAAUGGCAAUGUUCCAGUUUUUCACCAAAGUGUUGAGAGUGCUGAUAUAAGGUUUUUAUGAAUAUUCAGG